AUGUCUUCCCCUGCUUCCUGUGACUUCUUUGCCAUAGAGCUAGAGAAGCUGCGAACCCUCAUAACAACUCUGGGCAAGGAGGCCGGUCACACUGGACCAGCACUGGACCAGUGGAUGAAGGCGCAGCAGGAUGCCGCGCGCCUGCAAGAAAAGGAAGAAAGAGAAAACCAGAGAAAAGCCAGAGAAGCAGAGAGAAAGGAAAGAGAAGUAGAGAAGCAAAGAGAAGAAGAGAGAAAGUAUGAGCUAGCUCUCAGAGGUGAAGAAAUCACUCGGCAAGCUUCCAAUCCCCAGACCAUGAGUUGGACUCCUGAUGCACCGGAUCGCUGCAGCAUGCCUCAUAAUCAAUCAUCAGUUUUAGAUUCAGAGGCUACUGCCUCCGAUGUCACAGACAUUAUUUCUAUUCCCAAGCCUGGCCCUGACCCAGUGCCAGAGCUAGAAGUUUCUGCCGCAUCCUGCCAGCCUCUUACCAUUUCACCGCCUACCUCCUCCACUUUGGAAGAGGUAAGCCCACCAGCUAACCCUGAACUUGUUUUCGAGGGUGAUUCAACGGAGGACUCAUUCACCUCCCCACUUCAAAUCACUGCCAGAGAGGACUCUUCACCUGUGCCAGAGCACACUGCAAGCCUUGGCUUAGCCUUCCACAAGAGACAGGAGCCUCUGUCUCCCAUUACCAAGGGCCCGCUGAGAGGUAUUGCACCUCCUGUACCCAUCACAGGUCCAGUCGACCUCAACUCUCUGCCAGUAUAUAAUGCUAUGAUCAGAACCCUCCCCGAAGCAAAUCUGGAUCUACUAAAGUCCUGGAUUAGGGAAAAACUGGAAAUUUCACCGAAAGAAUGCAUCAUCUACUGUGGUACUCAGGACCUGCUUCACGAAGAUGUAGCGUUGGAAAGAGUCCUCGAUAACCUGGGCACCAUUGUAGCUGAACUCAAAGAGAAAAAUAAUGACGUUGUAGUAAAGGCAAGCUGUUGGGCAGCCACGUCCAAAGACUGUGAUGACUUAUCUGUAUCUUACACCAUACCGAAGCCAGAAUUUGGGGAGGAAAAACAGGACCUCAACGUAACAGCGUACAUAGGCCAAACAAGCAGGCUUCCAUGCACUGUUAAAUACCUCUCAGGGAAGAGGGUGUCUUGGAUCAGACUGAGGGACUUGCAGGUGUUAUCCACAGGACGCCACACCUUCUCGACUGACCUGAGGAUUUCGGUCUUACCAGGAGCAGGACUGAAACUGCGAGGCGCCAGGGACCUUACCAUUCAAGAGCAACUACACAGUCAGGUGCCAGAGAGAAAAACUAAUUCCUUCGAAAAUCCUACAUUUAAUAGCAGGCAGGCCACUGUAAGUUUUCCCCCAGCAAAUAAUUCUAAGAAUAAUGAAGGAGCAGGGAGAAAAUAUUUCCCAUUAUUCGAAAGUGAACUGAAAAAGGGAAAUCAGAAGUUGCACAUGAAUGAAAAGAAGGAUAUUAGAAAGAGAGACAUAAGUCUAGACGUCGGCAAAACACCUAGAAAUCAUGAUUGGCUUAAGGAACAGCAGCGAUUGGAGUACUUAACCUUCCCUCCUGGGUAUGACUCUUUUUCUUCUGCCGGAAACAAGACGAGGCCUAGAAGAUCUCUGUUCUUCCAUGGUUACCAGGGAUAUAAUCAAAUUGAAUCAUUAGCUACUCUUGAGGGCAGAACAGCAAGUCACACGCUCAAGAAGGACAGCAACCGGAUUGCCAUCUACCCACAGGGACGCAUCACAGAAUCUAGAACCCAGAAGCUGGCUCCUAGCCACAUCAAUGGCAUCUGGGGACCAGAGGAUUAUGCUCUGCAGAUCAAGAACACCAAUCCCCAGGAUGCCGGGACGUACGUCUGCCAGAUCAACACUGAGCCAAAAAUCGCUCAAGCUGUGGUUCUGAGAGUCGUUCAAAUGAAAGCCGAAAUUCUGGGUCGUCGAGAGCUGUUCGUUAAGGCUGGAAAUCCUGUAAACAUAUCUUGUCAAGUCAACCAAGGGGCCGCGAGUCCAGGAUUCAUCCUGUGGUAUAAAGGUCGGCGUUUAGUUGAAUACGAAAACAGUGGAGGAAGGAUAAAAGUCCUCACGCAGGACGGAGGAAUCAGUCAUUUAAUACUGAACAACGUCCAGCCUGACGACUCCGCUAAUUAUACAUGUUCUCCCGCUGGGGGAGAACCUGCCUCCCUCAUACUUAGCGUCAUUGUCGAUGAACGCCAAGCGGCAAUGCAUCAAGGGAACCACAGCCCGUCAGCUAGAUUCCACUUGUCGAUGGAUCUGCUGUGUUCGGCUCUCUUGUUGGGGCAUCUUCUGUCAUCUCCUACCGAAUACUUCGAAUCAGUAUCGCGGUAUCUUUUGCUCACCAUGGCCGGAGGAGUGAGUCGCCUCAUACUUCUCUGGCUGAUCAUGAAGGCUGCAUUCGGUUUGAUGCUGCAUUGUCGUCGGUUCGCGCGUACGAACCAGAGGGCAUGCAGGGAAGAUCUCUUGUCCACCAGCGUCAAGAGGAGGAUCACGCAGUUGCUGCAUCUUUAACUGUCCAUCGGAGAUGAGAUGCUGCGGAACUCUCGUGUGAUGUUCACGCUCACUUGUGGUGUAUUCUUUCCCUUGUGUGUAUUUGUGUGAUU